AUGGCCCUCCUGCUUUCUCCAGCAAAGCUUGUGCUGCUGGCCGUGCACUGCGCCGUCAACAGCGACAUCGACAGCUUGACCACCCUCGCUGCCCGCCACGGCACUGUGCUUCGAAAAGACCUACUGCUGCGCAUCCUCCUCACCUAUCUGCCCGAGACCCUGCCCUCGAACCAGUAUGCCGCACUUAUCGACCAGCUCGAAUCCGGCGUGUUCCCAGGCACAGCGAACUCAGACGUCGACUGCUCGUCUGUCGAAGACUUCACCGAGGAUGCCGCCGCGAAGAAGGUCAGGAAGCUCCGUCUGCUUCCAUUAGCGUCGCCCGAACCCCCCGAAUUCCCCGAAGUUCCAUCCGGCGACGUUUUAUCGCUCUUCCUGCUGCGCCGGUCAUACAAGGUGGACGAGGAGGCCGGGUUGCUCGACGAACUGCCGGCACUGCUGUUGCCCUUUGUCGAUCACUCCCCAUCCGUGCGCACGCUGCUGGUUUCCACAAUAUUACCACUCCUGCGGCGGAAUUGUGAAUACUACCCUCAGGCGCCCGUAUCAUACACCCUUCAGGGCUUCCAGCAGCUCCCCGACCGCGUUGCCAUGAACCUACUCCUCGCCCAAACUGGCAAUCAGGAAGCCGACCUCCCCUACGUCGGGCGGGAUCUACGGGGAUUAAUCGGGCCGUGGUUAUCAGAGAAAAGGAGGUGGAAGCAGGAAACACAUAAAACACACUCGUCAGACCCGAGUGGGGCGGUCGAAGCGCUCUGUCCUGGCUGGGAUGAGCUUCUCCGCUGGCUCACCACGCAAGCGUCAAGGAAUUGGCAAGUCGCCUCCAGCGCAGUCCAGCAAUGGGAUGGCCUGGAGGAUGCUGAUCUUGGUGGUUGGGGUUCCGUGGAACUGAGUGAUGGCCAACGGGACUACUUGGAGCGGAGCUAUGCCCAAGCGGCCCUAGCAUCUGCCUACCUCAUCCCCGAUGCAUCUCUAAAAGCGCUGGACGGCGCUUACAGCAUCAUCGUUAGAGUUGCCAAGUUGCGUGGCCUGGAGCCCGUCUUCCCGCUUGCGUCGGUAUUGGCCGAGUUGCCAUCACUCACUGGAAGGGUUCCUGACGACAUCAUGUCGGCCAAAAUAUGGCACACUUGCGCAAUAAUCUGCUUGUCCCGCUACGAACUCGCGCGGUCAAUAUACGAUGAAAACCCGGGCGAGCCUCUCGAACGGAAGCUUUUGCAAGACACUAUCUACGCCGCCGCUAUGACUGCCUAUGAUAAUGCCUCCAACCCCAACCGUACCCGCGGCGGUCUUAAGAAAUGCAACGACAUAAUGAAAGCCCUCCCUACGGCGACUGGAGCAUCGUCUCCACAAGCUAAACAGGUUGAAGCCCUUCUCCGGGCGACACACUCCCUCAGUGACUACCGGCUCGUCCUCAAGCAAGGCGAGCCAUUUACACCCGUCGUUUUACGGAUCCACACCGACCCCAUCUCCAUCAUCGGCAAGGUCCUCGAGCAGAACCCCAAGAGCUACACCCAGCUCCACGACCUCGUCUCUGUCGGCACCAACAUGGUCGAAGCCGGCCUCACAGCCCAGUCUAAAACCCCUCUCAACCCCGAGGAAGAAGCCACCCAUCGCCUCACCGCGCAACGGCGCAUCACAGCCAUGUGCAUCGACGCGGCCCUGAAAGAAGACGACUUUGAGACCGCCUACUCCUACGUCGUCAACCGCCUCCCCUCACCAUCCCCCUCCUCAACAACCUCAGACCACAAGAACAACACCAUCAACAGCGACGACUACUCCUGGCGCGCGGCCCUCCAAGCAGGCCGCUACCGGCAGCCCCCCAACAGCCCGACAACCAACCCCCACGCCACCACAGGUCUCGGCGGCCUCGGCGGCAGCGCCAACCCGGCCGUGCGCCACCUCGAACAACGCAUCGAAUGCCUCGCCACCGCGCUGCGCAUCGCGCCCCCAUCCACCCUCCAAGAAAUCGCCAACGCCUUCCGCCGCGCCGAAGAAGAACUCGACGUGCUCGCCCGCGAGGACGACGCGCAGGCCGACGCGUGGGACGCCCGCGGCGAGCAGCUACGUCGCGUCCGCCACAACCACCACCCCCACCAAACCGUGCCGGGCGCGUUCGAUGACACGCCCGCCCACACCCACUACAACCCUGCCCGGCCUGGGAAAACCGCGGCUACAGCCGCCGCCGCCGCGGAAGAAGACGCCGCGCCCAUGUCGCUGUUCGACCUCAGCCGCGCGAGCGUCCUCUCCGCCCAGCGCAACCUCUCCGCUCUAUCCGGCCUGCAGCGGUCGGCCACGGCCGGGCUGGGACGGCUAGCUGGCGCCGGCGCCGGCCACUCCGGGGGCAGGAGCAGGGGGGGCCGGAACCACAUCCCCCCCCUCUUUCUUCUACCGGUGAUGACAACACCGCCACCAGCAGCAACAAUGGCCGAGGGAGCAUGGACAUACGACGGCCGCUUUCGGCGGCGGGGUCGGUGGCGUCGGUGGGGAGCGGGGCCGAGGGGGGCGCAGGUGCGGGUGGGGGCGCGGAUGGACGGGUACGGAAGAGGGAUCAGCUGCGCGAGGCGGCGAUGGGCACGUUGGUUUCGGGCGUGGGGUGGUUGGUUGGGGCGCCGGGGCCGGCGGCGGGGGGGCAGGGGGCGGGGGCUGGGUAGGGUAAGGUAG